CAUCCUCACAGCGGGCUCCGCGGCAGGCGGUGUGAGCAUCCUCACCGGACUGCUUAUCACGGACCAUGCAUCUUCAUCAGCUUCGUCAUGACAUUCAUACCGCGGAAGGACUUUUGCAUAUGUACGUAUGCCACCAUGUCAACACCUGACCCCUGGAUAAGCCACAUUCAAGCAUGUCACCAUCACAACACCAGGUUUUUUUCCUUAACUGAGCAGCGCAUCAGCCUAUCGCUGCAAUGA